UUUGUGUAUUUUUUUGACAAAAAAUUAUAUAUAUUUUCCGCGUAAAACCAAAAAAUCAAGUGAAUGUUGUCGGUGCUGAUUGGUGGCUCGAAGGAGUGAUCAGAUCAAGGCGGUCUAGCAGGCUCAUCAUCAUCAAUUUCGGCGCUUUUUUACUAUCAUCAUCAACGGAGGAGACCAUAAACGGGAUACUAGCCCACUAACGAAAAUAAAAACAAAAAACUCACGAGUCAUGUUUCAACCUCAAUUGCUCCUCUUAAUCCUGGCCCUGGCCACUGCACAGGCCGUACUGACCCCGCCUGGCUAUGAUGACGAUCGCUCUCCACUUCCCCUGCGUCUGGAGGACUUGGAACGGGAGCAGGAACAACAGCAACAGCAUCAACUGCACUUGCAGGACCUCAACAGACCGCCCCUCCUGCCGAAUCACUACGAAUGGCGACCGGAUGUAGCGGCCAGUCUGCCGCCCAGCUAUGUCCAAGAUGCCGCUUUGCGAGAACGGGAGAGGGAGCGGGAACUGGAGGAGCUGCGGCAACUGCAGCGCCAGCAUCAGCAGCUAAGCGCCGGCUACGCCUUUCCCGCCCGCCUGCCGGGAGUGCUUUAUGUGGGACCCACUGCCACGCCCACUGUUGCAACGCCCACAACUGCCACAAGUACGGUGGCGAAUAGAUUUCUGAAACCCAUAGUGCCUUAUGAUCUGGAAUUGGGCUUGAACAGUGUUCCAUAUGUGGCAAGUAAUGCUCUGCCCUUGCCACUGCCGCUGCCACUGCCAGUGCCACGCCCCCUGCCACCGCCCGGCAAUGGAAGGCCACCGUUUAUAUACGGUUUCACCCAGGGACGACCAUCGAAGGUGCCGGCUGCCCCCCUGGUGGUGCAGCAGUCCAAACAAUUCGCCUACGCCCCGGCCACGCCCCCGCAACGACACUACGCCAACGGACCCCGUAUCCCCCUGCCAUAUCCCCCCAGUUUCGUCAGCAUUACGACCCGAAGGCCCCCCUCCUCAUUCCGCCCGUCGCAGCCGGAUCCCACGCCGGACUUGUUUGCCGGACGGAACUCCAAGUCCCUACUGGACUCUUACAUCCCCAGUUGGGAAGUGAUCCGGUUGACGCGGGAGCAGCGGGGAGAGACCGGAAGUACGGGGGGUUUCCGACCCAUUCAUCGACAGACCUUGGCGUAUCCAGCUCCGCCACAUUUGCGAUUAUUCAAGAGGGACUCGAAGGACCCACAGGAUAUCAACCGAACGAGAAUCGUUAAGAAAGCUCUGAGGCCCUUGAACGAAAAUGUUUAGUGUUUUGUUUUCUAUUUUUUUUUAUUUUUAUAGUUUAAUAAUUUUUUAUUUUAUUACGAAAUAUAUUAAAACGAA